UCACUAACUCGGCCACAUGCUAUUAAAAGAUCCAUGAUCCUGACAACUGAAGUUGUGUCGGCUGCACUGGGAGUCGGUCUGAAUGAACAAGGAAACUGACAGGGUUCAAUCUGGUUAACUAACCAGAAACAAACUACAUUUCCACUAAAAUCUGGAUUAACUCUUUAGACACACUAAGAUGGCUAUCCCAUCUGUUAUGAUUCUGCCUAUGCUGAUAGUGGUUUUUGCUGGAGUUUACUAUGUUUACAAUGAGGUCAUGCGAUUCAUGUCCAAGUCCAUGGUCCGGAACAAAGUGGUGGUGAUCACAGACGCUGCAUCUGGAAUGGGAAGCGAGUGUGCCAGACUGUUUCAUGAAGGUGGGGCAAGGUUGGUUUUGUGCGGGCCGAGCUGGGACAAGCUUGAAUCUCUGUAUGACUCCCUGUGCAGCGGAUCAGACCCCAGUACAACUUUUUCACCCAAGCUUGUUCUGCUGGACUUCAGCGAUAUGGAGAACAUAUCAGAAGUGAUCACAGAGAUUGAGGAGUCCUAUGGCUGUGUAGAUGUCCUGAUAUGCAACAGCAGCAUGAAGGUCAAAGCACCGGUUCAGAAUCUUUCUCUGGAUAUGGACAAAACUAUAAUGGAUGUCAACUACUUUGGGCCUGUUACUUUGGCCAAAGGUCUCCUGCCAUUGAUGAUAACUAGGAGGGCAGGCCAAUUUGUUUUGGUCAACAGCAUCCAGGGGAAACUGGCUCUCCCAUUUCGUACCUCUUAUGCUGCCUCCAAGCACGCUGUCCAGGCAUUUUUUGACUGUCUGAGAGCAGAGGUGGAGGAGUACGGGAUCUCUGUCAGUACGAUCAGUCACACCUUCAUUAAUGCAGUAACAGAGAGCACCACUCCCUCCAAAACCCAGCCCACCAAUCCCCUAUGGGCAUACAUCUCUAGCAAGCUGAAAACUCACGGAGUGAGUCCCAAUGCCCUGGCCCACGAAAUAGUAAGAACGGUGAACUGGCACAGAAGAGAGGUGCUCCUCGCUCACCCCAUCCCCUGGGUGGCCCUCUAUACCCGCUCACUGAUUCCCAGUUUCUUCUUUGCUGUGGUUGCUGCUGGGGUGAAGGAUGGACACAUGGAUGAGCAACUGAAAUAAAUAGAGGGAGAAAGAGAGAUAGAGAGACAGAGAGAAAGAGAGAAAAUCCAGUGAAAGAAUGACCUUGCCUUUAGUUGAUUCACAAGCUUUGAACCCUCUUUCCAGUCUGUUCUGAUAUAAAAAUAAUUUCAUUUUUGGACAUUCAUUAAGUUAGUGGAAUGUGACAUUCUUGUAAUGUAGUCAUACAGAGAAAUCUGUUAACAAUAAAAGCUUUUGCAUGUCCCAUUUUAAA